GACCAUAGACCUGCAUUAUAUGACUGACAGACAAGAACGGUUUGACCUAAAAAUAUCAAAAUUGAAACUACUGUGGAAACAAAGACACCUACAUCUUGGAUGCCCUUGAGGCUUCCUUAAGCAAAGCUCCGCCCCCUGUGCGUCAAGCCCCGCCCUGGUGCACGAAGCCCCGCCCCCUGCGCAUGUGUGCCUGUGUCGGCAUUGGUGAGGAAUCAGCGCUGGAACAGAUGAGGGAAUGUCAAACUUGUUGCCGAUGCCCGCGGCUCAACACAUCCGACACACAAGGAUAAAUGAGAAAAUCUUCCUGGAGCCAGAACUAUUUGAUGGAAAAGCGCGUACAGUACGGACAAAAUUAAAGAAAUUACCGAUUAAUUUUGUGUGCUAAAUGCAUUUCAUACUGUGGCAACAAAAGGGAUCCUGGGCUCUCCAGUUUAUAAACGCGCGCUCACCCACAGAGGCGCAUUGGGUCUCCUCGCAGGACUAAACGCACGCGCGAAGUUCUCCUCGGAGGACCGCUGAUUUAAUGCAUUUAUUUACUAUUUUUGAGUGCAUGUUAGUGUUUUAAAUAUAGAACAAUUCGUCGCGCAUUGCAUUGGAGAUGUGAACAUGGGACAUGUGCUACGCGCGCUGCUUUGCACUCCUCUGGAUAUGUGUUGACCGACUUGGGGACGUUACGCAUCGAAUAAUGAUGUAAACGAGGAGUUUUAUUAAGAUGCACGUUUUCCAGGAUCGUUGCAUUAAGGAUAUCCAUAGAGGACUUCGCGUUUUUAUGCUUGUGCUGGAUUUGAGUGACAAACAAACAAAAGGAAUUUAAUCCCUGUAGACUGAAAAUGAACUCUAAUUAUAACAGUGCCGGAUUUCAUAUGAAAGGGCCGUCGGUAGCUGUGGAGCCGAUGAUGGGUCCCCUAAAUGAAUCCCCUAUGCAGGGACUCAACUUUGUCUCAAAUAGAGACCAGUAUGGAUUCCAGACUCAUGGCCAUGGGGAUAUGCUCACUAUGGGAGUUCAGCCACAACAUCAACUCCACAUGCAAGGACCAUUCAACCAUCAAGCUCCUAACCACGAGCAGCAUUCACAUCUGUAUCAGGAUAGUGUCCCCUCUUGCCUGCAUGGGGACAGACACAUGGGUUUCAACAGCAGCAACGCAGGUCACCCGCAUAUGUUUGAAGGAGGAUUCGGUCAGCAGCUCGCAGAGGCGCAGUCGCGAGAAUGCAUUUCACAGCAACAGCAUCAACAGAGAAUGGCGGCCAUGCCUGAGUUUCAACCACACGGCCAUCCGAACGGUAACAAUGCGGUUCCAGCUCCUUGUCUUCCACUAGACCAGUCACCGAACCGCGCCGCUUCGUUCCACGGCCUGCCGUCCUCGUCCCCUGAAACCCACAGACUCGAACAUUACAGGCUUUUCCCACAGGGCAGGAUGGCGGGAUCCGAGCACUGUUUUCCCUGUGAUCCUCUGACGGGGAAUUUCGACAUGACAGGAUUCUCCACCCCGGAUAAUUCAGAGCACAAACUGCCCUAUUGUGAAACGGGGAACCAGGUAGCAGGGGGUCCUUUUUCCACCUGUAAUCGAACUGGUUCCCGAGGGCCAAUGAUGGGCGGCUCGAAAGUCGAACAGCAGCUACCUCAGCAAAACGUGUUUUCGGACCGAUUCGGGAACAGAGGGAAAAUUGAUCCAGGGGUUACAGCUAGACACCACCUCAUGGCGCAGCAAAGACCAGGACCUGUUGCCAGGCAGAAUCCCAGUUCCCCUGCACUUCCACGGUUUUAUCACACGCCGGACUAUGUCGCGAGCAAUGCAGACGUUCAAAGCGGUGGCCCGAUGGUUCACGUUCAGCACGGCCACCUUGAUCGGCCCAUCCAUAGACUGAAUAACCACAACAUGCAUCCCUUUGGGGAGCCAGUGUUUGAUGUGCCCCAACUAGCCCCUCAACCCCCACAUCACCCUCACCUCAGCUCACUACCUUAUUUGAAUAUGGCGAAAAGGCCACGGUUUGAUCUCCCAAAUGGCUCUGCUGGAGAGAGUUGCAGCCCCCUGAGCAACAGCUUACAUAAUCGGCCCAAUCUUGAGAGCCACCUCUCCCCUUCAGCUUUCCCCUCUCCCAUGGGGGACUUCACAUCUCAUGUGACGGAUGGGUUUCCAUCAGGCCCCCUACCUUUGAGCUCCGGCCCUCAGCAGCAGCAGCAACAACAACAGCAACGCCGGCAAAACGCAGCGAUGAUUAUCAAACAAAUGGCAUCGAGAAGCCAGCAACAGAGAAUGAGGCAACCCGACCUGCAACAGUUAAGUCUCCACGGGGACGUCACAUCGAACGGCAUGGUCUGCCGAGGCCCUCUGGGUAGUGUGUCUCAGUCCAAUUUCGAGAAGAAGCAUAAUAAUUUUCAUGGAAACUUUGACAGCCCCCACCUACCUCAAGAAAACUCAUGGUUUCCUGAGCCACAACAGCAUUGUAGAGAAACAAACACGCAUGCCUUGGAGCAGGCAGAGAACGGACACAAUAUUAUUUUUAGACAAGGCAUCACAAGCAUGGACAUGCAGUCUUUGAAUUCUCCCGGAGCGCAUCAUCCAUUCGAGAAUAAUGUCAGCAAUCCUCUGCAGAUGCAGUCUCCCGAUGAGAGCAACAUGCAGUCGGACAGGAGGCCGGCUGAAUUCGGAGGAAUGGCGAUGAGAAGGCAACACAGUUUCCCUCCUGGAGGGCCGAGUCAACAGGGAGCCCCCCAGAGCAAUCCUCCGGGAUUUAGCUCCUCUCCAGGGAACUAUCCCGCCCAUCCCGAGUACCUCUCCAGCCAGCACCUGUCAGUCAAUAAGCUUGGGGCCCUCUCUUUGGGGAAUUUGAACAAAGCCAGUACAAAAGACAGUGUGUUUGGCCAAAGCUGUCUGGCAGCUCUUUCCACGGCCUGCCAGAAUAUGAUCGCCAGCCUUGGGGCCCCAAACCUCAAUGUGACUUUUAAUAAGAAAAGUCAAAAUGAGGCCAAACGCAAAGCAGGUCAGGUUGAGCAGGACAUAAAUAGCAGUGGCAGUGGCGGCCCAGGGGCAGAGUAUUUCCAGAGCAAUGCUUCUCAGAAUAGUCAAACUCCUUGCUCUGGGAAUAACAACAACAAUACGGCGACAGGUCAAAGUGGUACGGGCCAGAUGGCGAAAAGGGAAGCGAGCACCCUCUCCCCGAAUGACAACAUGGAGUCUGGAUGUGAGGGGAAAAUGGCAACAGGCAAUGGCAAGGGAAGAGGGAAGAAGAGGCGAGACAGUGGGCACAUCAGUCCUGGAAACUUCUCUCCACCGUGCGGUGCUGGAAACCCCGUCGUGAGUCCGAGUCAACAGGGUUCAGCCUUGAGUAUAGGCUUGGAAAGCCGAGGGAAGACCCCGGAGAGGUCGCUGGUCUCCCCUUCUUUCGGUAAACCCGACCUCGCCACCUCGAUGGACAGUGGAAUUCAAAGCGUUGGCAAAUCGGAUGGCGUUUCACCAUGCAUGGAUUAUUUAGACGAAGCAAGCCCAAACUACAGCACCGAGGACCCGAGGCCUUGCAGAGCGGGCGUGAAGUGUAACUCUGAAAACAGGGCGGGUUACAGUGACGCCCCGUGCAUGGAUCAGGUGCGGACGCCGUUGAGCAACUCGGGCCAGGACGAGGUUCAUCCUCUGGAGAUUUUGCAGGCUCAGAUCCAGUUGCAAAGGCAGCAGUUCAGCAUCUCCGAGGACCAGCCGAUGGGAGGGAAAUCGGGGAAAAAGGCCGAGUGCCAGGCCGGUCUGAACGGGGAGUGCGCCUUGGCCACUUCUAGCCCGGUCACAGGCAAGGGCUCAGUGAAUACCAUUGACCUUGACUCUCUAAUGACAGAGCAACAUGCCACCUGGUACGUCCCUGGAAACAAGGCUCUGAUAGAGGACCCCAGUAAUGACAAGUGCCUGGGAUUCUGGGAUCGAGCACGGGGCCAGAGUGACAACAAAGAAGGACAUGGGUAGGAGCGCUCCUCUGAUGCCUCUCCUUAGCGUAUUACUGAGAAAAAAAGGUGCUGCUCGAUCUCGCGGUGAGGGUGGGGGUGGGACCUGGAGGAAACCACCCGCGGUGUCCGGAAAACCUCGGGACGCGGGGAUGGGGGUGGGAUGAGGGGCCCCUGCUGUUCCUCUCACUUCCAGAUGCGACUUAAACUCAUCCAGAACAACUCCAACCACUUCGGGACCUCGCUGGCUGCUUUCCGUAACUGUAAGGAUGAUGAUGGCUGGCUUGGUGUUUUCCAGCAGUAAUUGGAUACUUUUUUUCUUUUUUUUUUUACUAGCCCCAGAGAAGCCGCAAAGCUCUCCGGGUGUCCGUAGAGCAAGUCUUCGGGCCAACAAAACCUCUGUAGAUUGACUGGAGAGAGGAGAGACAAUGGGAUACAGGAAAUACACAAGCACACCAGACUGGAAUCUUGGACAGCGAGGCUCAAUUGCUUUUAGUGUAUUUUUAUCUUCUAAAGCCGUUUUUUUUUUAAUUUGCUGGGAUUACCUCAUUUUUUUUUAAGACUUGCAAGUGAGGGGUUUAACUAGUUAGUACAAGAGCGUGCCGCUCUCUCUAUAAAUAUUUAUUAUCCCUGUUUGUUCAACAAAGCUCCUUUA